CGUGAAAAGAAUCUAGCUAUCAAAUAACGAAAAUCCGGUUCAUCAUAAAAUAUUUAUUAUUGAAUCAUCUCACAGAAUUUGUGAAUUUGAUUCUCGGUACAAUAAGAUUUCGGCAUCAUAUCCGAUUAACAAGAUUUUGCCGGCUAAUAUUAAGCUGAUGAUUCCGUAUAGAAAAAUGAUACAAUCACGAAUUCUAAAUCAUCAUUCCAAAAUGUUUUGUAAUAUGAUUCUUUUGUGUUUGGCAAUAAUUUGGUUAGUACCAAUGAUCAACGCGAAUGUCGAUGCCAAAAAGAAAGAAUCGCAUCAUAUGCCUUUAGACGAACGAACUGAAAAAUUAAUACAGAUGUCAUUUAAACGGCCAAUGAUACGUUUGAAUCCGGAAAAAUUCCGUACAUUCAUCGGCUCGAAGCAACAUGGUCAACCGAUUCGUAACUAUACAUUUGUCGUCAUGAUGACUGCAUUAUCACCCGGACGACAAUGUUCGGUUUGUCGUUCUGCUGCCGAUGAAUUUUCCAUUGUAGCCAAUAGUUGGCGUUAUUCAUCUUUGUUCAAUCCAAGCUUAUUUUUCGGUUUUGUUGAUUAUGAUGAAGGAUCUGAAAUUUUUCAACAAUUAAAAAUAAAUUCCGCCCCUGUAUUUUUGUUGUUUGGUGAACGACAAAUGAAAGUAAAUACAUUAUCAAUCAAACAUGCCGAUCAGAUGGACAUUCAACGAAUCGGUUUUUCUGCCGAAACCAUUGCCAGAUGGAUUGCCGAAAAGACUUCUAUUUCGAUUCGUGUUGUUCGUCCACCCAAUUACACUGCUUCAUUCCUAUUGGUUAUAUUUUUCAGUUUAUUUUCCAUCAUUCUUUAUGUACGCCGAAAUAAUCUCGAUUUUCUUGGAAACAAAACAUCAUGGUCGGUAACCGCUUUGGCCAUUGUUUUCGGUAUGACUUCUGGUCAAAUGUGGAGUCAUAUUCGUGGACCACCAUUGAUGCAUCGUUCAGCAACCGGCAUAUUAUACAUACACAAUGGAAGUGGUGGGCAAUUUAUCAUUGAAACUUAUAUUAUCUUUGUCAUUAAUUGUGCGAUUGCUGCUGGUUUCAUAUGUAUUAUUCAUGCCGUGAAACAGAACGCUAAAAUAGAUCCAAAGAAAAAGAAAAUCAUGUUGAUCGCCGGAGUGUCAUUGAUUGCAAUAUUUUUUUCAUUCUUGAUGUCGAUUUUCCGUUGGAAAGCACAUGGAUAUCCAUAUAGUUUCCUUUUCAAAUGAAACUAUUCGAAUGGCAAUUGUAAAAUCCGAAAUAACAUCCAUAAAUAGAAUCAUCUUUUUUUCAGAAGUAAAAAAAGAAUUGUCUUCAAAAAAAAACCAACCGAAACAUUCUUACCAGUGUUUGAAUGAAUCAACA